AUGCCAACAACCACCAUGAACAUCGAGGAGCUCAAGCACAAGAACAAGGACACUCUGGACAAGUUGGACAAACACGCAAAGUAUGUGUUCGACUUCAAGGACCGUCAGGCUGAAAAGUUCUUUGGAGCCAUGUCCCCCAAAACCCGCUCCAUCAUGACCUUCUUCUUCUCCCCGGAGUACGACUACAACUCGGCCACCGAGACAUUUGACCCCAAUGACGAAGUGGAAGAUUUGCAGCUGACUCACUCGGAGAUUGUGCGAAAGGUGUGGAGUCGAAACCAGCUCAUCAUGGCCUGGUGCUUCCUCAUCUUCAUGUCGCUGGCCUCCACCAUCAUGUCCUCCUCCUUCUCCUCCUACAUUGUCUACGCCUCGUCCGAAUUCUCCCAGAUGGGCGCACUUGCCUCGGUGCAGAUUGUACAGUCGUGCAUCUUCCUGAUUGCCCGAGCUCUCUGUGGUAAGUUGGCCGACAACUUUGGCCGAUUCGAGGCCAUGACCAUCUCGGUCGUCUGUCUGGCGGUGGGCUCCGGUCUCUACAUGGGUAUCCAUAACAUUGUCACUUACUUUGCCGCCCUGGCCUUCUACUCGGUGGGCGACAUUGGUAUCCAGAUGAUGUACGAGAUUUUUGCUGCCGACACGGUGACUCUGCGAGACCGAACAUUCUUCCAGACCAUCACCCUGAUCGCCAACCUCUUCACCCCCUGGGUCUCGGGUCCCAUGGUCGCAGCCGUGCUCAAAAACUCCACCUGGCAGUGGGGAAUGGGCAUGUGGUGCAUCAUUGUGCCCGGCUGUUCGCUGCCCUUCCUCUUCACCCUGCUCUACUUCCGAAUCAAGGCCUACCGAAUGGGACUGCGAAUCCGACGAGGAGAUCCCAACCGAACCUGGUUCAAAAACACCGUCACCGGCAUCAUCCGAAUGGAUCUUCCCGGUCUGGUCUUCCUCUGCGCCGGACUCAUUCUCUUCUUUGUGCCCAUCUCCUUCUGCACUGGUACCGACAACUGGAAGCUGGGCGAGAACAUUGCCAUGCUGACCGUGGGCACCUUCCUUCUCUACGUGGUGUUCCCUCUGUGGGAGUUCUUCUUCACCAAGCACCCCUUCCUCAAGUACAAGCUCAUGUACAACCGAUUUGUCACUGUCCCCGGCUGCAUCAUCGGUCUCUACAAUAUGGCGUUCGCCAUCUACCAUCCCUACUUCCAGACCUGGCUGCUGCUGGCCAAGGGUCUUCCUCAGGCCCGAGCCACCAACAUCCACAUGGCCAUGUUUGUUGCUCUCACCGGAACCACGCUGGUCUUCUCUCCUCUCAUGAGAUGGAGAGCCAAGCUCAAGUCGGUGCUGACCUGGGGCACCAUUCUCUACUUCAUCGGCAUGGGACUGACUUACGAGUUCCGACGGCCUGAAAAGCCCCUCAGCACCAUGAUUCUGGCUCAGGUGUUUGAGGGAGUGGGUGCUGGUCUGCUGGUCAUCCCCGUUAUGGUCUACAUCCAGGUGGUGUGCAAGCAGUCCGACUCGGCCGCCGCCAUCACCAUCUACUACUUCUUCACCUCCUCCGGCACCAUUCUGGGCAACGUAAUCUCCGCCGCCGUCUACCGAAACCACUUCCCCAAGAUUCUGCGGGAGACGGGCCUGUUUUCCGAAAAGGAGAUCCAGACCAUUUUCAGUUCCAUCUACGCCGGUCUAGGAUACAAGAUUGGAACACCCCAGCGAGCCGCCAUCGGAGCCUCCCUUAACACCGUCAUGCGAUCGCUGCUGGUCGGACCGUUUGUUCUCUGUGCCAUCAUGUUCUGCCUGGCCCUCACCAACGCCGAUAUCAACCUCAACGUGGCCCAGCGAAUCAAGCGGGCGUCCGAGCAGCGAAAGAUGGACGAGAACGAGGGAUCCACCGAGGAGAACGGCGACGCUGGACUCGUGGUGACCAACAGCUUCGAGGAGAAGUCUGCCGGAUCCUCCGACGACAAGAAGCAGGUCAACGAGAAGGUUGUCCAGGCUGUCUAA